AGAAUAUGAAAAGUUCCACAUACUCUCACGGUGCUGAUUGUCAAUGCUGAGAGGGUGGAUUGUAUAAAAAAAUGAAUAAAAAGUUUAAAAGUCUGCUGAACUUGCUGCUUUUCAUAAGUCUGUGUAUAGGAGUUCAGGAAAGUGAGUCGGCGGCAUGUCAUGGCUGUGGGACGGGCUCUAAGUGUGACUGCACUGGAGUAAAAGGGGAGAAGGGUGAUAGAGGUUUUCCAGGCCUCUCGGGUCAGCCAGGUGUACCAGGAUUCCCUGGACCAGAAGGGCCACUUGGAUCUCUUGGAGAGAAGGGUGACGAUGGACUUCCAGGGCCACCUGGACCUAAAGGAAUAAGGGGACCUCCAGGGCUGCCCGGAUUUGCAGGAACUCCAGGAAUUCCAGGUAUUCCAGGACAGGAUGGCCCUCCAGGACCAAAAGGAAUUGCCGGUUGUAACGGAACAAAGGGUGAGAGAGGAUUUCCAGGAGGUUCAGGUCUCCCAGGUUUAGAUGGAGAGCCGGGCCCUCCUGGUUUUUCUGGCCAGAAGGGAGAGCCUAGUGAUGUCAUUUAUUCAGAAGAUUUUGGCCCAAAAGGGGAACCUGGGCGUGAGGGUUCACCAGGUCCUAAGGGACAGCCGGGACUGCCUGGAUUGCAAGGUCCUGUUGGUCCUUCUGGCCAGAGAGGUUACCAGGGUCCUCCUGGUCUUCCUGGACCAUCAGGUCCUAAGGGAAAUAUGGGACUGAACUUCCAAGGGCCAAAAGGAGAGCAGGGUUAUCAGGGGGUACAGGGACCUCCGGGGCCACCAGGGCAAGUUGAUGAGUUUAGUAGACCAACCGAUGUUGUGAUUCAGCAAGGAGAGAAGGGUGAUCGUGGACCACCUGGACAAACUGGAUUUACUGGCCCUCCUGGACUGCCUGGAACAUCUGGAGGACAGAAAGGAGGGAAGGGUGAGCCAGGAGAACUUGGAAAACGGGGAAAACCUGGUAAAGAUGGAGAUCCUGGUCCUCCUGGAUAUCAAGGCGUGAAAGGAGACAUUGGUAACCCCGGUUUAACAGGAAGAGAUGGUGAAAGGGGUGACAAAGGUGAGCGAGGAUUAACAGGACCUCCGGGACAGGUGGUAAUAGGACCAGGAAACCAGAUAGGACAGAAAGGAGAUCCUGGUCCAUCGGGACUCCCUGGAAGGAAAGGAGAGUCGGGUUCACAGGGUGUCCCAGGCCCAACAGGUCGACCGGGAACUCCAGGUAUCGGAGGUCAAGGCCCACCAGGUCAACCUGGUUUUCUGGGAGAUAAAGGUCUAAAGGGAGAUGAGGGACAGCCUGGACUCCCUAUCCCAGGUCCACCUGGAAGAGCUGGACUACCAGGACAACCAGGACUUCCAGGACCACCAGGAUCAUCCUCUCCAGAUAACUGCAUUCCAGGUGCUCCUGGUCUUCCAGGCCAGCUGGGUGACCGUGGUUUCCCUGGAGAGAUUGGUCAAAAAGGUGAAAAGGGUGAAACAUGUGUGAAUUGUUUUUUUAAUGGAAACCCCAUUCCGGGACCACAGGGUCCACCUGGACCUCCAGGAAACCCAGGCUUUCCUGGAUCCCCUGGUCCUAAUGGAGAAAGAGGAUUUGCUGGCGGUCCUGGUCAACCUGGGAUACCAGGUGCUCCUGGAUCACAGGGUGUACCUGGACCACAGGGAGAAAAGGGUGAUCCUGGUGACGCCAUUGGUGGUGGUGUAAAGGGAGUAAAGGGAGACACAGGAUUUCCUGGCUCUCCAGGACUUCCCGGCCCAACUGGGCCAUCUGGUCGGAAUGGCUUUCCAGGACCACCUGGUCCCAAAGGAGCACCUGGUCCUCUUCUGGCAAAAGGUCAGCCUGGCCCUCCUGGUCCUCCUGGUCUCACAGGUCCUUCUGGAGACAGAGGCUCCCCUGGUCCCCCAGGAUAUGGCCCACCUGGAAGUCUUGGAGAGAAAGGAUUCCAGGGUGUGUCAGGAAGGCCAGGAAACCCUGGAACACCAGGCCAAAAAGGUGAUCCAGGUGAAACUCUUUCUGAAAAAGGGGAACGUGGAAAUCCAGGACGUGAUGGAGACUCUGGUCUACCAGGAAACCCAGGUAACCCAGGUUUAUCUGGACAACCUGGAACCCCUGGAUUUCCUGGUUCCAAAGGAGAGCCUGGUCUCCUGGGCAUUGGCUUACCUGGACCUCCAGGUUCUAAAGGUUUCCCAGGUAUUGCGGGCAAUCCAGGAACACCUGGAAGGCCUGGACCUCCUGGAGUUGAUGGACUACCUGGCAACCCUGGAGCCCCUGGGCCUAAGGGAGACCCUGGUUUUGGUAUUCCUGGUCCUCAGGGUCCCCAAGGUUUGCCUGGCAGUAAGGGUAAUCCUGGACCUAAAGGUGAUCCUGGUUUCCCUGGAGGUCCUGGUUCCUCGGGUCGACCAGGUGUUAAUGGUGCUCCUGGAGCCAAAGGUGAACCUGGUUUAGGUGGUGCCCCUGGUCCUCAAGGCCCCCCAGGCCCUCCUGGUUUUGGUGUAAGGGGUCCCCUUGGACCCCCUGGACCUAAUGGCCCUAUGGGCCCUCCUGGUCUUCCUGGUUUGAAUGGUGAAAAAGGAGACCCUGGACCCCCUGGUCUGGAUCUUCCAGGUUUGCCUGGUGACUCAGGAGCCCCAGGCUUACCCGGACCUUCUGGUCCGUUAGGUCCUCCUGGUAACCCAGGUCUCCCUGGUCAAGAUGGACAACCUGGAUACCCUGGACCAAAGGGAGACAUGGGUGUGAUGGGUACUCCAGGACCUGCUGGUAACUCUGGAAUCCCUGGUUCCCUAGGUGCACCUGGACCAAAAGGUGACAAUGGUGUUCCUGGACGGUCAGGAGCCACAGGUCUACCUGGACUUAAGGGAGAUAAAGGUGAUCAAGGUAUACCAGGUCCACCAGGACAAAUGGUUGAUACUUUUAAAGGACAAAAAGGAGAACCAGGACCACCUGGUUUUACUGGAGGUCCAGGAGUAAAAGGUAUUGCUGGUCUUCGUGGUGAUCCUGGUCUCCCUGGACUAGAUGGACGUCCUGGAAGCCCUGGACCCCCAGGUCCCAAGGGAGAGCCUGGAAACCCAGGACAACCAGGACCUCAAGGCACCCCAGGAUUUAAAGGCAGUAUGGGUGAGAUGGGUUUGCCAGGUUCUCCCGGAAUUAAAGGAAACCCUGGUCAACUUGGCCGUUCUGGGGCUUCUGGUUCUCAAGGAGCACCAGGAUUCCGAGGACCAAAAGGAGAGCCUGGAACACCAGGCUUUGGGCUGCCAGGAUCUCCAGGAGCCAAGGGUGAUCCUGGCACACCUGGUAUCCCCGGAAGCCAAGGGCCAAAAGGACAAUCAGGACCUCCAGGAUUUUCAGGAACCCCUGGUAGUCCUGGCCAGAAUGGUGAGCCAGGACCUCCUGGAUUCCAAGGUGCACCUGGGAGUCCUGGUGCUAAAGGGUUGAAUGGAGUUCCAGGUCCUCCAGGUAUUCCAGGAAACGCAGGAAAGCCCGGAGACCCAGGCAUUUUUGGUCGACCUGGUUUACCUGGUGGAAAAGGUCAAGCUGGUUUAGAUGGUAUUCCUGGAGCAGCGGGAGAAAAGGGAGAGCCAGGUAUUCCUGGUUAUGGAGUCCCAGGUCCUCCUGGUUCCCCUGGAAUGCCAGGUACCAAAGGAGACCCUGGUCUACCUGGCCAGCCUGGUGGCCCUGGUUACCCAGGACCAAAAGGUGAACAGGGAUUUUCUGGUUCAUCAGGCGGUCCUGGUCCUCAAGGCCCUCCUGGUGCUCCUGGUCUGCCUCUGCAGGGGCCUAAAGGUAUCCAAGGUCCUUCUGGACCACCAGGACGAAUCGGUCUUCCUGGUCCAGAGGGGCCCCGCGGACCACCAGGUACUGGAGGAACGAAGGGAGAAAAGGGUUUCACUGGAACCCCUGGAACACCUGGCUUCCCUGGAGAGAAAGGAGACCCUGGACCUCCUGGCUUUAUGGGUACUUUUGGUUCUCCUGGAUCUACUGGACUUAAAGGAGACAUCGGCCUUCCUGGUGUUAUAGGAUUCCCAGGUCCUAAAGGUCUGUCUGGUUUGCCUGGAAAUCCUGGACGGCCAGGAGAACGUGGUGAAAUUGGCUCUCCAGGAGCUCCUGGUGAGCCAGGUCCAGUUUCGGCUCCAAUUGUGGUGAAGGGUUUGAGAGGCCCAGCAGGUUCACCUGGCCAAUCGGGAGAUCGAGGACUACCAGGAGCUCAAGGACUCGAGGGCCUGGCAGGUCAGCCUGGUUUCCCUGGUGACCUGGGCCCUGACGGACCACCAGGAUUCAGCGGCUCCCCUGGAAGGAAGGGAGAUCCAGGAUCAUCCGGUCAGCCAGGUGGUCGGGGUUUACCUGGCCCUCCUGGUUCAGACGGGCCCCAGGGUCAACCAGGUCUUCCAGGUUCAGCAUCAGCAGCCCAUGGAUUCCUGAUUACACGUCACAGCCAGACUACAGAGGUGCCAGGCUGCCCUUCUGGGACCUCAAUCAUCUAUGAUGGCUACUCUUUACUCUAUGUGCAGGGUAAUGAGAGGGCUCAUGGCCAGGACCUGGGUACUGCUGGAAGUUGCCUACGACGUUUCAGCACCAUGCCUUUUAUGUUCUGCAACAUCAACAAUGUGUGCAACUUUGCCUCCCGAAAUGACUACUCUUAUUGGCUGUCUACACCUGAGCCGAUGCCCAUGAGCAUGGAACCCAUCAAGGGCGAGAACAUCAAACCCUUUAUCAGCAGAUGUGCUGUAUGUGAAGCUCCAGCAAUGGUGAUUGCAAUCCACAGCCAGACCAUCCAGAUACCAAAAUGCCCACAGAACUGGGACUCUUUGUGGAUUGGCUAUUCCUUCAUGAUGCACACUAGUGCAGGUGCUGAGGGAUCUGGUCAGGCUUUAGCCUCACCCGGAUCCUGUCUGGAGGAAUUCCGCUCCUCUCCCUUUAUUGAGUGCCACGGCCGCGGAACCUGCAACUACUACGGAAACUCCUACAGCUUCUGGCUGGCCACUAUCGAAUUGAGUGAAAUGUUCAGGAAGCCAGCAUCUGAGACCCUGAAAGGAGGAGAUCUUCACCAGCGUGUGAGCCGCUGUAUUGUGUGUAUGAAGAGGACGUAACGCAGUGAUGCUAAUGCUAACGUGAUCUCUUACUAGGGAUCAGCACCACAGCGACUGCAACAGUUGGAGAACAGGUGGAAUUCAUGUGGUGCAUUAUUUUUAAUUUCAACUCAAGUUCAAUGGUGCUACUGUGCAACACAGCAAAAAAACUGAACAAACCUAGUCUUUUUAAAAGAUGUACCUCAUAAAGAGACAGAAACAAGUGCCAUGAUGGAUAUGUGACAAAAAAGUGCAUUUUUACCCUCUUACCUUAACUUUUCCUUUUUUUAAAGAAAUUAUUUUCUUAACAGAAUUGUGAUGUUGUUAUACAAGCAAAAUCUUUUUGGAGAGAAGUACUAUUUUUACAUGUUGCUUGAGGCAUGAAAUUGUCUCUGUGUUACCAAAUCGGCACUUUGAACAUCAUCAAGAAAAAAAAUGCACUGACUACAUUAGUAAAACUGCAUUUUUUAAAAUGCUUUUCUUCAUCAUUUUCCAUCUUUUUAUUUUUUUUUCUCCACUUCACAGUGAUAUUAACAGUGGUGUAUCCAAAAAAGCUUCUAUCCCUUUUGUAAGUAAUUAAAUGUGUAUAUUGUGUAAAACACCAUUUUAAUCUAAAAUGUUUAUGUGGUACUUUUAUAUAUUUUUUAAUUCUUUUGCCUUUCACUUACACCAUCACACUCAUCACAAAACACUCGUUUUAUAAAGCUCACUUAUUCACUGACUGUAAAAACUUUUUUGUUUAAUAAAACAGUAUUUUAUAUGAAUAUAAAUAUAUAUUACAAGAAUGAAUAUAUAUCAUGCUUGAAUUGGCUGUGUUUUGUUAUAAUUUUGUUUUCUAAUCAUCAGGUGCUCUAAUAAACUACUGAUAAAGAAACUUAAGUUGAAGGCCCUUUUAAAUGCAGUGUUCAUUAAGCUGAUCACACUGCCCACUUUCCUUUUAUUUAAGGCAUUUAAAUCUAAAAGAGCCAAUGAAUAAUUUGACUAUUAAAUCUGCUUAAAGACAAAUCAUCGUGAAGGGCAGGAAUUUGUAUUUCAAAUUAUUAUUUUAAUUUUGAUUUUUUUUUCCCCCAAACUUGUAAAGUGAAUAACGACUAUUGAAGUCUGCAUGAUUUAGUCAACACAUUUCAGCAGUAUUCAGUGUUUCAUUGUUUAACAAAAGAAGAUCUGCAGUCUGCAAACAGUAUGGCCAA